GUGAUCAAAUAUUAUAAAAAAUAAAUAAAAUACGACCUUUAUUAGAUAUAUGUCAAAUACGUCGUCUGAACUAGGCUUCAAAGACAUAUCUAACUUGAAUCUUUAAUCCUAAAAAAAAACUUUUAGGAUUUCCGAGGAGCCUCUAGUGACUUCCCUGGAUACACCGCUGAUCUGACAAAUCCGGAAAAUUGACGAUAGGUUCGGACGUCUUUCAUAGCUAUCAGUUAAGCUCCAAAUUUCAAGCAAAAGCGAGCAUCCCGAGGAAUAGAAGCAGACAAUAGAACAGCAUGAAAGCAAUCUGGAUGGCAGUAAUUUCAACUAUUUGGCAUUUUUACGAGUCGAAGUUACUUUCUUUAUCGUGUCACCGCCGGCUCUGUGCCAACAAAUACAGUAGCGAUGAGAGAAAACAUCGACCUUCUGCAAUCAGGGCACAAAAAGGAUGCUUUUGAUAGAAAAAUUAAACUUAAAAGAACGGGCGAUAGAAGAGCCACAUAUUCCAGUAUGUGAAAAGCCACGCCUUUUAGAAAAGCUUUUGAUAAUUUUAGGGGUGCUUGAGAAAACGUCCUACGACCCUAUCCAAGCUUUUAAUCCUGGAGUUUUGAGCAUUUAUCACGGUAAUUGGAUUUUGGCGAAAACCCGUUUUCAUCACGUACAUGCGAAGGUCGUGAAUGAAUCCGCUGAGCUAAGGAAAACUCAAUUAUUUUUAAAACCGGUUUUUAUAACUAGUUAUGGGCAAGAUUCAAAGGACCAAUAGCAUGUUCUGAACGCGCCGGGUAUAUGUUUCAAAACUCGGUUACUUGAUAUUACAGAGCAACUAGUUAUGGCAAUUAAUCAGCGCUUUGCGCUAAAAUACCAUCGAGACGAACCAGUGUUCAUGUAAUACGGUUGCUUGUUUCAACAGUAAUAGAAAUGUCUUGGAGAGUACGACAAGAGAGCCAAGGUUGUCAAAGUGAAAAUAUGCCAAAAACUCGCCACAGUCAGCAUGAGGUGUCCUUACAACGUCUGGAUGGAUUAACCUCCGCCUAUUCAGGACAACAAUCCAAUGCCCUGGGCCUAGAAAGCAAAGACAUUCCCGAUGACUACAUUACAGCCUCUUCAACAGCCACCGACUCCUCAACAAACUUCGCGCGCCUAAAUUGUAAGAGAGGGGCUUGGUGCUCAAGUUUGACAGCAGUGAAUCCCUACCUUCAGGUUGACCUUGGGAGCCUUCAUGACGUCACAGGCGUGGCUACACAGGGUGUUGGGAACACGGGGGCUGACCGUUUUGUCAAGGUCUACAAGCUUCAGUUUUCUGUAGACGGAGAUAAAUGGGAAUAUUACCAAGAAGGAAAAACUUAUAACCAGGAACUACAGGGCAAUAAAGACAGCAAAACGGUCGUAAAAAGAAACCUUGUCAAACCUGUUUGUGCCAGGUUUGUCAGGUUUUACCCGGUUAGUUGGUACGGAAAACCGUGCAUGCGAGUCGAGGUUUAUGGAGCACAUGCCAAGAAAGCAACGUACGAAACUAACGUCAAGAUCAGUGAUGUGCACGGUAACGGAGUUAACGGUUCACCAGUAUUGCAAUUCUCAAUACAACUCUUUGGAGAGAAUGGUUACACCAGUAAACUACCUUUAGAGAUUGAAGCAACAGAUGUCAACAAACAAGAGAUGGACUUUGAGAGAAAAAUAAUGGCAGCCAAUAUAGGAUGGAUCAAGCAUCUCAAGUUGUCAUACGAUGUCGGUAGUGAAAGUGAAAGCCAGACAUCGAGUCCUACCCUGAUCCAAAAGUUCAAACGUCUUUCAUCUUCAUCUUCAAGUAAUGGCGACUUUGCUAACGGAGAGUCAGGUUUUUUCGUCGACGAUAUAACGAUUGAUGUUAAAGAAACGGGCCAGCAUUUCACGUUUACUUGCAAGCAAUGGUUACUACAAAGACAAACGGCGUUUAGUCCAGGACAUCAUCGAAGAUCACGAAUGUUAAGUGAAGACAAGCAUUUAAUAGAAAACGAAGAUUUUGAACACUUAUUAAGACAAGAAGCAGAAAGCACGGAUCACUGGAAAACAUUAAAACGAGAAAUCGGGAUCCACUCGUUUAGAAGAGAACCAACGCCAACCGAGUCUACGCCACUUACAAAGACAACUUUCGCCAUCGAUGGAAUACCAUACAAUGAUGCUGUUCGUUUGUUUACUGACUGGAGUUUACGAGUGCGAUGGGAUCAAACCUUUCGGACAGUCGUCGUUUUACAAGAAGAUAUCGACUCAAAAGUAGUAUAUUGUUGCCUUAAGAUGCCUAUUCUAUAUCGUCCAUGGGAAAUCGUCUUGUCAUGCGCAGACCGUCCCUUCAGUACACCCGAACCACAUCACGUGAUUAGUUGGUGUAGUACGGAGCAUAGUAGUGUUGCAGAAUCCGAUAAGUCUACCUUAGGAAGAAUACACGUUCGAUUAUCAGGAAUGGUUAUUAGGCCUAUAGGAGAUGGUAUGACGUCAUGUAAAGUCACGCUUCUUACACGUAUGAGGACUGGGCACCACUCCACGCCACGCCCUGUUAAAAACAGUUAUCUUAACGGCAAUCCRACWCAGUGGUUAAACCAGCUUAAAGAAUAUUAUUURGAACAUGGUCUGAAUGAAACAAAGGAGAAUGGAAUCGAUGAAGUCUUUGAAACAGAAAAGUUAUUGACUGGCAAUUAAGGARCGAAGUAAUAUCGAUCAAAACAUAGCAAACGAAAUGUUAUCGAUCGAACAUGAAGCCGAUGGGAAUUUAGAAUGCCGAACGGUUAUUGACUGGAURAUUAUGAGAGAAAUGUCGAAUGGUUAUUGAUUGGACRUUAUCGAUCGAAACAAAACCGAGAUAUCGAUCGAACUGCAGUGAAGGCGCGGAAUUGAAACGGAGAUUUAUCGAUUGGAUAUGAUUAGCUUGAAAAAAAUUUAUCUUACUCUCUCUCUUUAUUUCGCAAUUAUUUAAUAUUAAAUAAAUACAUAUAUAAUGCUUAUUUGCUACACUUUUUGUAAAAAAUAUUAUUAAAAUUCAAGUGUAUAAAACUUUCAAA